ACGUCUACAGACAUUAAGACUAUUAUUCACAAGAUUGCCAUAGCUCAAGCAAUCAACAUGGAGCCUGGAAGGUGCACAUUGUGUUGUGCAAUUUUACAUUUGUUUAUAAAUGUGUUGCUACUGAUUCUUGGAAUGUGCCUACUUGGAUUUGGACUAGCUGAAGAAACCACCCAACUCAGCGCGUUAAUAUCGGAAGAAGCGAGAAUUGGGAGUGUUGCUGUUGUCAUCGGAGUCAUCCUCAUCGUUGUGACAACGCUUAACUGCUGUUUUGCCAUUGAUGGAAGUUCCAUUUUUUAUUACAUUUAUGCAUGUUUCCUGGUAUUGCUGUUCACUGCCAUGGUAGCCCUUCUGAUCAAAUACGGCCUUGAUUGUGGCACUAAAGUACGAAGUGACAUUCGAACAUCGAUGCGCCAAAUGAUGCAUUACGAUCCUGAUAGCCCCGGAGAAACCGGAAUGGAUUUCAUUCAACAGAUGUUCCAAUGUUGCGGCAUUGAUAGCUACAGAGACUGGUACAACGUGACGGAGAACCCUUACAUACCUGAAUCAUGUUGCAUUCUACCUGAAUGUGAUACUUUUAAUCUACAGAAUAUACAUCGUGAGGAUUGUGUGACAAACAUGAUGAAAUCCGUCAAUUCACUUUUCGUAAGAAUUACAGCAAUCGGAAUUACAAUUACCAUAUUUUUACCUAUUCAAAUUGCCAUCGUCAUUUUUAUAAAACGCUGCGUGAAGUACGAUCCUGUUUUUCAUUAGUUGCUAAAAAUAAAAAUUAGCUUCAG